AGAUUUCUCUUCCACGCGCCCAAGAGCGUGUGAACACCAAACAGCCCUCCAUUUUCUUGAACAAAUAGAAGUACGCCCUAUUAUUUUUCUCUAUUUUCAGUUUGCUCUCGUUUUUUCCAGUUUGCUAAAUCAAGAAACUAGAUUGUUUAACAAUUUUCGGUGCUAUGGCUGCUCAUGCUGAAGAACCAAUCAAUGAGCAAGCAGUUGCCAACAUCUACAGUGGCAUGAGGUCUGAGAUCACCCAGAUUUACUCUAAAAUUACGGAACUAGAAAUGGAAGUUAGUGAGCACUCACUCGUGAUCAAUGCUAUACAACCACUUGAUCCUGCAAGGCGGUGUUAUAGGAUGAUUGGAGGCGUUCUUGUUGAGAGAACUAUCAAGGAAGUUCUGCCUGCUGUUCUACGCAAUAAGGAGGGAAUUGAGGAAGUGAUAGCUCGACUGAAUGAAGCCUUGGAGAAAAAGAAAAAGGAGAUUUCUGACUUUGAGGCCAAGUAUAAAAUUAGAAUCAGAAAGCCUGACGCUGAAGUAAAGGAGGAAGGCGGUCGAAAGGAAGGCUCUGCACAAGGAGUCCUUGUUGGUCCUGCUGGUUCAAAUGAAUAGACCUGUCUUGUUUUCAAAAUCCAUUCUGAGAUGCUUUGUUGAAUGUGGUCAAGGAACUGUAGUAGUUUAGCAUUAAUGCAUUAUCUUUACCGGAUAUGUGCGGUUUAUCAUGUUCAUUUAGCUUACGCAGCAUGAGCACGAUGUUUUUGGUUUUCUUGUGAUGGAAAAGUUUAUAUUAUGAGAUCAGAGUUCUGAGAGGCUUUACCAGA